AUGCUGUGUCACAGUGAUUUAAAUUGAGACUUCUUGUUCAUAUUUUCUUCCCUUUACAGGUAUCCUCUGACAAAUUACACAUUUGGUACAAAGGAACCCCUGUAUGAGAAGGACAGUUCUGUGGCAGCUCGAUUUCAGCGCAUGAGGGAAGAGUUUGACAAGAUUGGCAUGAGGCGGACUGUGGAAGGGGUUCUGAUUGUACAUGAGCACAGGCUGCCCCACGUGCUGUUACUGCAGCUGGGUACAACAUUUUUCAAGCUACCUGGUGGUGAACUCAAUCCAGGAGAAGAUGAGGUAGAAGGGCUCAAACGCUUAAUGACAGAGAUACUGGGUCGUCAGGACGGUGUUCAGCAAGACUGGGUGAUUGAUGACUGCAUUGGUAACUGGUGGAGACCGAACUUUGAACCUCCACAGUAUCCCUAUAUCCCAGCUCAUAUUACAAAACCAAAAGAGCACAAAAAGCUUUUCUUGGUCCAGCUUCAAGAAAAGGCUUUGUUUGCAGUCCCAAAAAAUUACAAGCUGGUUGCUGCACCAUUGUUUGAGCUCUAUGACAAUGCACCAGGAUAUGGACCCAUUAUUUCCAGCCUUCCUCAACUUUUGAGCAGGUUCAACUUUAUUUACAACUGAAUUCCCAUAUACCUGAAGAGUCUGAUAGAAGAAGCCGUCUCUGUGAGCACAGCUUUAAAAUGUAGAGAAAAGAAUACAUGUGAUGCAAGGAUUUUUUUUUAAUGUCAUUCUUUUCCUGAAGGCCACUAAACUUUCUAUUGUAUGAAUAGAGGAAUGAAUCUCAACCGUUUAGAUAGUGGGAUGGCAAUGUGAUGUCAGUGUUUUAAUUGCUUUUUGUUGUAAUACUCACCAAAUUUUUUUUGUACAACAUUAAACAAAAUGGUUAAGAUUC